CAGGCGGCCCCGGCGGCGGCGGCGGAGGAGGGCGGCGUCGGCGGCAACAAACUCAGCAAAAAGUGUUAAUUGCUUUGUAAAUGGGACAACAUUGUGACAGUUCAGUAUGCUGUCCAGAACUGCCAAUAGACUUGGGUUGCAGGCAUUCGAACUCUGCAGGGUCAGGGGUCACUGGGGAAAGGCGCCAAUGCGCAGCCUGGCUUCCUUCACUCCUCUUUUCAAGGAGAAGAGAAUGCGUGUUGAAGGAAGUGAGCUGAAGAGGCGUCUAAAGGCGGAGAAGAAGGCAACGGAAAAGGAAAUGAAAGUGAAAGAAGAAGCUGAGAAACAAGCUUCUCUAUCCCAAACUUUGGAUGGAAUCAACUUGGGUGGCGAUGAAGAGACCCUUGAUCCCAAUCAAUACUAUAAAAUCCGCACGCAGGCCAUCCAGCAGCUGAAGGACACCGGGGACAAUCCAUAUCCUCAUAAAUUCUGCAUAGAUCUAUCCUUAACAGAAUUUAUUGAAAAGUACAAUAGCCUGCAGGCGGGUGACCAUCUCUCUGAUGUCAUUUUGUCAGUGGCAGGACGUGUGCAUGCCAAGCGAGCAUCGGGUGCUAAACUAAUCUUCUAUGACCUCCGAGGUGAAGGUGUAAAGCUACAAGUAAUGGCUAAUUCCAAGAAUUACAAAUCUGAAGAAGACUUCAUUAAGAUAAACAACAAAUUACGCCGUGGUGAUAUCGUUGGAGUCCAAGGCAACCCAGGAAAGACAAAGAAGGGAGAGCUGAGUAUUAUCCCCAUUGAGAUGAAACUGCUAUCUCCCUGUCUGCACAUGCUGCCUCACUUACACUUUGGACUCCGAGAUAAGGAAACUAGAUAUCGCCAGAGAUAUUUGGAUCUGAUCUUGAACGAUAAUGUGAGGCAGAAAUUCAUUACCAGGGCAAAAAUCAUCACAUACUUAAGGGGAUUUCUAGAUAAUCUGGGAUUUCUGGAGGUAGAGACGCCUAUGAUGAACAUAAUUCCAGGGGGAGCUGUUGCUAAACCUUUCAUUACACACCAUAACGAGCUAGACAUGAAUUUGUACAUGAGAGUCGCUCCAGAGCUUUACCAUAAGAUGCUGGUAGUGGGAGGUAUUGACAGAGUGUAUGAAAUUGGCCGGCAGUUUAGGAACGAGGGCAUUGAUCUUACUCACAACCCAGAAUUCACCACAUGCGAGUUCUAUAUGGCUUAUGCUGAUUAUAAUGACUUAAUGGAUAUCACUGAGAAACUUCUUUCAGGUAUGGUUAAACAUAUCACGGGUGGUUUCAAGGUUGUAUAUCAUCCUGAAGGACCUGAGGGCCCAGGUUGUGAGAUUGAUUUCACACCACCAUUCAGGCGUGUUAGUUUGACCAAAGACUUGGAGAAAAUUGUAGGCGUGAAAUUUCCACCGACUGAGCAAUAUGAGACUGAAGAGACUCGUAAAUUCUUUGAUGAUUUAUGCGCCCAGAAAGGAGUUGAAUGUCCAUCUCCCAGGACUACAGCCAGGCUUUUGGACAAGCUGGUUGGUGAAUUCCUGGAAGUUACUUGUAUCAACCCAACAUUCAUCUGCGACCACCCUCAGAUCAUGAGUCCCCUAGCCAAGUGGCAUCGUUCCUUUAAGGGAUUAACAGAACGUUUUGAACUCUUUGUUAUGAAGAAGGAGAUCUGCAAUGCGUAUACUGAAUUAAAUGACCCCAUUAGACAGAGGGAAUUAUUUGAAGACCAAGCUAAGGCUAAAGAUGCUGGAGAUGAUGAGGCCAUGUUUAUUGAUGACAACUUCUGUACUGCUCUGGAGUAUGGGCUUCCUCCCACAGCUGGCUGGGGCAUGGGUAUAGACAGACUCACCAUGUUCCUGACUAAUUCUAAUAACAUCAAGGAGGUCUUGUUCUUCCCAGCAAUGAAACCGGAAGACAAGAAGGAAGAGCCCAAAGAUUCCACUGUGGAGGAACAAACAGCAUGAAAGGAACAACAGGGAUCAUAGAAGCUUAAGAGAAUGGAAUCACUCCACAUUAUCCCCCUUUUCAGUAAAAUAAGAUUGAUUUGUGAGAGCUGCAGGGAUGAGAUAGUUUGAGAACAUUUUUUUUACAAUUUAACAAUAGGUACUAUUUGGAACAACCAAGUACAGAUAUCUACAAUGGUCUAGAUUCAAAAAUGUAUGUACUAUUAUCAGCCUGAUGAUGUAUAUUCAACUGUACUGAUAUUUUCUAAUUCGUUUAUUUGUUUGUUUUGCAACUACCUCCCAUCCCUGUAGCUCGCUUAAUUUCAAGAAAUCUACAUUUUUUAAUUGAGUUUAACAUAUUGCCUUUUAUACCAAUGUUUCUGCUUCAUAUCCAAAUUUAAUUCUUGUAACUUUCAUGUGAUGGCAAAUGUGAUUGCUGAAUAUUUCUUACAAUUGAAUAAAUUAUGCCAGUGUGAUGA